AUGCUGCGCGGGCGGGGACCCGGCUCCCGCUGCCCGCGAGGGUUUUUUCCCCGAAGGCUGUGCCUGUGCUGAGAAACUGGAACUCUUCUUCUCGGUUUUGGACACUUGUGCAAGUCCCAGUGGUGAAACUCACGCGUGGGAGUGAAACCGUGCUCUCCCCAUAGGGUAACCGUGACGCCGUGCUGCUGCGGGCACGGCGAGGUCCCUCGGAGAGCAGCCACCGCGGCCGCUUAAACCAUACGUUUCCCGAAACAGGCUGCAUCUAAGACCACAGUGUGAGCUGCGUGCAAGCCUUUCAUUUACAAAGUAUAAAACCACAGGAGUGUUUUCUCAUGCCUUUGGGUCCGCUGUGCCAAAUGAAAAAACUUAUCUGGAGGCUUCUCAAGCUUUCAGGAAACGCUGUAAGGGGAGCCAACCUCUGAACGCAUCAUGCUUUUUACUGGGAAUUGACAAGCCUUCGUAAAACCUUUGGCGAGAGCCUCCUCAAAGUGCGGGCAAGCACCCUAGAGAGGGUCCUUUGUGGCAAGGACCGGGUGGUGUGGGAGAGGAGAAAUCAGAUGCCUUGUGUUAGCCAGAUUUUUUUUUCCAUCUGUCUUGUUCACGCCAGGUCUUUACAGUCUGUUACACGCACCUGUCUUCCUUAGCGUUCUGCAUACCUGGGGUUUUUGCAGGUAGGAGAAGGUGUGGGAGCAGGAGGCCAGAGGUGCCUGCAAAGGGGCACAGCGUGUGCUCAGACAGAGAUCUCUGAAGGUGAGAGCCCAAAGUGGCCGCUGGUGAGGGCACGUAUGCACAGGGACAGUGUCUCUGGAGAAGGUCUGGGUGCAGGGGAGCAAGCAACUUCUGCUUUCACCCUGUGAAGUGCGUUUGAGUUGAUUUGUUGGGUGCGAGAGCAACAUUGGAAGGAUUGGGUCUGUGAAACAGUUUUUAUUUAAGCAGGGUGUAGAUUUAAAACUCUUUGUCUUCCAAAGGUGGGUAACUGACGCAUUCAUUUCAUGUAUUUCUGCAUCAACUGUAGACACAUGAACUACGUUAUUUCUCUAGAACGCAUGUCAUUAGGUUUUACUCCUCUGCUCUAACAGGGUUUGUUUGCGUUGAUUGUUUGUGUUGCAGCAAUGGGCCAAUACCUUUUCUAUUUUAGUUUCAAUGCCAACAAUUAUUUUAAAAUAGUUAAAUCACAAUAGUAAUGGACUGUUCAUCGAUACUACUUUAGGGUUUCUGUUACUCAGUUUCAAUAAAGCAAAACGAUUGUGUUUUCAUCACUUUGGAAGAGUGCCAAUUAAUUAUAUGUUUAUUUGUACUGUAUAUUUAAUAGCUCUCUUGCUUUCGAAGAUUCUUCUUGUUUAUCUCUUUUUCAAAAGGGAGGCUUAACAGAAUGAGUAAAGCAUUUCAAAUGGCAAUGCUAAUGCAUGCGGUGAUGAUAUGAACAUGCUUACGGUGGAUUUUUUUUUUUAAUUAUUUCAGUCUUAUACCCAGGUCUAUGUAAAAAGACUGUUCGUGUUCCUCUUCAGAAGAAAAACCCCAACAAAUCAAUCCACACAGACGUGUUAUGUCCACAGUGCUACUGGAGCGCUACUUAGAAAAAAAUUCUUUUGACGGUCUCUGUGAGAGUUCAUGCACGUAGCCUGAUGGGCCCUAAGUCAAGGGCAUGUAUAAUAAAUGAUGACAUCAUAAAGGCUGUACUUACUGGAAAUCAUUGAUGCUGGCCAAUUUGGUUUUGUUGCGUAAGCUCAGAAGGAACGGUAGGCAUCGGGAUUUAAAUUAAUUAUAUUCAAGGCUGCUUUUAAAAAAGUGUCUGAGGCAAGGAAGAGAAAGAAGGCUGUAUUUAAGUCUUGGAUGUCUGAGAAGUUGCUGGGGGAACAUGUACUAAAAAUUUGUUUGUUUUUGAAUGCUCCCACAGUAUCUGGAAUAGUGCCAAAACCCCAAAAUGCAAGAAUUAUUUCAGUUAAUCUUCGUAGCACUUUACAGUGGGAUGCACCUCAGUUUCACAAAGGGAACGUAAGUUACACUGUCCGAUCCAAGAGCAUCAAUUUCUAUAGAGACACAUACGAAAAAGUGAGCACAAACUUGAGAGUCACAGAGUGUGAUAUCUCUUCUCUGUCUGCAUAUGGAGACUACAUUUUACAGGUCAGAGCGGAGUCUGAAAAUAACCAUUCAGAGUGGGCGACCAUCAGAUUUAAGCCAAUGGAUGACACAAUCAUUGGGCCACCUGAUGUAAAAGUGAAGUCUGAGUCUGGGUCCCUGCAUGUGGAUUUCAUAGGCCCUUUUGCUGAACAGGAACAUGACAGGUGGCCUCUAAAGCAAUAUUAUGGCUCGUGGAAUUACAGAAUACUGUGCUGGAAGAAAGGCAGCAAUACAGAGAUAACUCACAUCGAUACGAAACAUAACUCUGAAAUAUUAUCUCAGUUGGAGCCAUGGACAAUAUAUUGUAUUCGAGUGCAAGCAGUUAUCCCCGAGUGGAACAAAACAGGCAAACUGAGUGAAGAGCUCUGUGAGCAGACAACCCACAACGGCGUAACUCCUGUGUGGAUAAUUGUGACCGUUCUUAUAGGGUCAAUGUUGGUCGUUGUAAUAUCUGUUCCCGUUUGUUUCUUUUCCUUUCUGCAUCUAUAUCGACUCACCAAACAUGUUUUCUGCCCUUCAUAUAUUUUCCCGCAACACUUGAAAGAGUUUUUGAGCAAGCCUACCAGUGGUUCGCAGUUUUUUCCUCCGCUCCCACAAGAGGAACAUCUUUUUUAUGACAAGCUAACUGUCAUUUCAGAAGAAUCCAAAAAUAAAAGCAAUGGGGCAGGGGAUGAGGCCAGCAAGAUAACAGAGAACCUUCAGGACUCUGAACAAGAAGAUUCUGAUUCAAGAAUAGUGCCAGCUUCAGAAAAGGCCUAAAUGCACUCCUCGUACUUCACUCGGACCAAAAGAAAAAUAAAUGGGCUGUUGAAUUAAUCUUCUUACUGCUGCAUCCUUAAGACAAUAGAAAUUCAUACCCGAAGAUGUGUACACAGACUUUUGACAGAAUCAGAUUAUUUUUUUAAAGUACAACAAGCUUGAUUAUAAAUGAGGAAUUAAAUUAUAAGUAAUUUUUGCCACUGUAGUGGCUCACUGUUGUAGCAAUACUUAGGACUGUAUUAUGACAUUAAUUUAAAAAGCAAAUAUAUAUAAUACUAGUUAAUUUAACUUUGAUUAUUUAUUGCAAAAGCUAAUCAAAAUGGUAUAUUGUCUAAGGUUUGUAAAAGAAAAUCAUAUUUUGUAAAGAAAGACCUGAUCUGAUGUAUUUUUUUUUAAUGAGAAAUUGUGUGGAUUUCUUAAGGAUAUCCCUAGUGGCAUAAUCUUUUUACUGGAUAUUUUUUUACCUGAUGCAAAACUGUAAAGUUAUUAUGAUGGUGUGAACUUGGUAGGAAUAAACCAAACACAAAUAUUCAGUGUGUUUUGCACUGCAAGGUGUUACUCAUACUUCAUCGCUAAGGAUAAUUGGAACAUACCGGAGCAGUGCCAGAUCGCCCGCUAUGUUCAGGUAUUGCUCAGUCCCCGGAGCGUCUGCCCUGCAGUUGCUGUGGCUAAUUAAAUUUUGCCUGCCUAGUCCAGAACUCACUGAAGUCUGAGGAAAACUUCGCAGCUAAAGUGGGAGUCAAAAGGCAGGCUCAUUUUGUUUUAUCUACUGAUACAUAUUCUUAAUUCAAAAAAAAGUAAAUCUGGGUUGGUGUGACUCCCAUGCUACGUAAUACAAUCUCACCUGCACAGCCCUGUUGGUGCCCAUGAAGGUCAUGUCCACACCAACAUCGGGACGUGAAGUGUGGCAGUUGCACUGCGCGCUGGUCUUGUGAGUGACGCGAUUUUUUUGGUGUGUAUUACUACAUCAAAAUGAGAGUGAAAAAUUAAAUUCUGUCAGCAAAAGUGACUCGCCACGAGUGAACUUGUGUGUAAAUCAUACCUUGCUGUGGAAAUCGCAAAAUUUUGGGCUAUGGUUUGAGGUUUGUUAAUUAACACGAAAACAUUCACUUCUUGGGAAGCUGUUGCAGGAAGAAAACAUAAGGAGCAGGCGCUGAUUC